CUUCAAAUUGCAUAUACAGUUGCUACUUGCUUCUUGUUCUCACUCAUUUUCCUCCAACUCUUUGGUAUUCUUCUGUGUGUUUGUUUCUUAAUUGUUCACAACCAUGUUAGGUUUUGUACUGGAUCUUGUCACUCAAGCUGCUUCCAGCUCUGCAUUCAUUUUCUGCUGCUGCAAUUUGAUCAUUGUCAUUAUCCUACUGGACUUAAAGCCCAGUAUCAGUGUUCAUCAAGAAAGUGAAGUCCUUGUGUCAGUGGGUGAAAAUCAAAAGCAAGGAACAAGCUUCAAGUGUCUAGUGGAAGAAGAUAAAGGAUCAUUGUCACAAGUGGCAGAAGUGUCACAUUUGAUGGAAGCAGAAACAGAAGGAAAACCAGCGGACAACAUUGAAACUCAAAUCAAUGAAGAUCACAGAAAUGAAGAAGAGGAAAAAGUGGAGGAAGAGGAUGAUGAGCUGAGGAGAAGAGUGGAAGAGUUUAUAGAGAAAAUUAAUAAAGGAUGGAAAGAAGAACUCUUCUGCACAUCAAACAGGGCAUAUGAAUCUAAUAGUAAAGAAAUUUAUGCCCAAAGAUUGGGUUAUUAAGUAGGGGCUUGAAACAUUUUCGCCAACAUUUUAUAGAAUGUUUGUAUCAAGUUAAUUUUCCUCAAAAUCAAUUAUGACACGUAGAAGCUACUCACUGAAGCUUUUCCCUUGAAUUGAUUUUAGCUUUAGAGUUAACCGUAGAAGAAUUUCCAAACUUGUACUUAGACUAGUUGCUGUAUUGUAUCAUUCAAGAAAUGUCAUAGACAUAGUUGUUUGUCAGUGCAUGUAUAGAGAAUUUCUAUGGUUCUGACAAUAAAUCCCUGUUGCUUAUGUUUUUU